AUGGCUGCGCGUAUGGAUAUUUCACCUCCAUUGCCAAUCAUAGAAGGUGGUUACACUAAGGGUAAUGUAUCAGACAUGGAUAAUGAAAAACAAGUCACUCUCGGGAAACCUCCACGUCACACCUCGAUUAUGCAGCAUUGUGUGAGUUCGGGGAGGAUGAUUGCUGAGGCUAAUUUGGAAUUGGAUGUUGGUAUUGUAGUUCACAAGUCAUCUUCUGAUGAUAAAACUGAGUUUUUGCCUGUCAUGCGAUCGGGAAGUUGUGCUGAAAUAGGACCCAAACAGUAUAUGGAGGAUGAACACAUUUGCAUAGAUGAUCUUCUCGGACAUCUGGAGAUGAAUGCAAAGUUACCUUCUCCAGGAGCUUUCUAUGGGGUUUUUGACGGUCAUGGGGGAACAGAUGCGGCAGUAUUUAUUAGGGAGAAUAUCCUGAAAUUCAUAGUUGAAGACUCUCAUUUUCCAAUUUGUGUGGAGAAGGCGAUGAAGAGUGCUUUUCUGAAAGCCGAUUAUGCCUUUGCAGAUGCUAGUUCUCUGGAUAUAUCCUCCGGCACCACUGCAUUAACUGCUCUUAUUUUUGGAAGAACCUUGGUUAUUGCAAAUGCUGGAGAUUGUCGAGCUGUGCUGGGAAGGCGAGGUAGAGCGAUUGAAAUGUCCAGGGACCACAAACCCAAUUGCACAUCUGAAAGAAUAAGAAUCGAGAAACUCGGCGGAGUAAUUUAUGAUGGCUACCUUAAUGGGCAAUUAUCUGUGGCACGUGCACUUGGAGACUGGCACAUGAAAGCGCCAAAGGGAUCUGCCUGUCCUUUAAGUGCAGAGCCGGAGCUGCAGGAGACGGACCUGAGUGAGGAGGAUGAAUUCUUGAUAAUGGGGUGUGAUGGGUUGUGGGAUGUUAUGAGCAGUCAGUGUGCCGUGACUACGGCAAGGAAAGAGCUGAUGCUUCAUAACGAUCCCGAAAGAUGCUCAAGAGAGCUUGUGAGGGAGGCAUUGAAGCGCAACACUUGUGAUAAUUUAACGGUGAUAGUGGUUUGUUUCUCAGCUGAUCCUCCCCCUCGAAUAGAAAUACCACAAAGCCGUGUUCAGAGGAGCAUAUCAUCGGAAGGGCUGAAUUUACUAAAGGGUGUGCUGGACUGUAACUGAUGAAACAGGGGAUGGUUGAAAGAUAAUUUGCUCCCAAACGCAUCGGAGGGCGAAAUGGUCGUGGCAUUUUUCUACUGAGUAGCUGCAGCUGCCCCAUUGCACCAUGGCUGACAUUCAGGGACAUCCUUGUCAUGUAGAAUAUAUGAUUCUUUUGGAGUUUUGAAAUCCUGUUCACCAGAGAUACCUCAUCUUCUUCCUCCUGUGUAAAUAAACUGAAUCUUGAGAGAUAUGUGUUUACCACUCUUGAUAAAUUAAAUAAUUGAUAUCAUUCACCA